AUGUCCAAUCAGUUGCAAUCGCAGCAACAAGUAUCGCAACUUGAAGUCCAAGCUCAGCCCAAUGCAGCUCAGGAAGUUCUUGCCGUCGCCUGUGUCAUCGAUGCCUCCCUAGCACUUGCCAUAGAAUGGUCUCGUGUGCUCACAGCGUACAUCCUGCCGAUUCUCAAGCGUUUGAACGAAACAUACAGCGGGCAUAAUUUCCGACUAGCUUUAGUGACAUAUGGCGCUGCGGAUACAUAUCCCAAUCCCCUGUUAUCAAAACGUUUCUUUUUCUCCCCGAAUUUCGUGAUGAAGGAAUUGCGUGAGGAUCCUAGGAAGUUAGGAAUCGGUUCAGUAAACGGUUCAAGGGGACUAUCAGCACUGGAGGGAAUGGUUGCUGCUAUUGAGUUCUUUGACAUCUUGCAUAACUCACCCGCCUGGACUGGUCCGAAGGAUGGUCGAAUGCACGUAUCGCAUAUAAUACAUAUCGCUGGACGUCCACCCGAUUCUGCGCAAAGGCCCACAUGUAAUACCCUUCCGUAUCUAGACUCAGUAACAUGGGACACGCUACCGAUAGAACUCAAGAAGAGAAAAAUUAAUCUGAGUCUUGUCACACUACAACAAAUACAACAGUUCCAGGAUGUUCAGUCUGCCACCUCAUCAUCAACUCCACAAACCAAUCCCUGGUUCACUGUCCACCCACCGCAUAUACUCAAGCUUUCUGGAUUUCCCCCACUGUCGCAUGUGCAGACUCCAAAAAUCAGUGAGCUUUCACGAACAACCUCUCUCCCAUUCCCGCGCUCACAAAUUCAAGACGCUGCAAAGCGUUCAAAUGAGUCUCCUCAAACACCAGAUACAAAACGACAGAAGGUCGGCGAGAAAAGCUCACCAGCACUUAGCCCGCGUCCUCCUGGAGGAGGUGCCGGUUCAGUAGGCCAGAGACCACCUUCUCGGCAGGUUCCCACACCUUCUAUCACACCUUCUGCUUUACCUCAACCACAUCCGCAAAUGCUCCAGCCUUCCCCCAUACCUCCGCACGCAACCACGGCAUCUGCACCUAGCCCUGCAAAACCCCCUGCUGCACCUGCCGCACACCCACCUUCCAAUGCUCCGAACCCCAAUGCACCACCCAUGCAACACACAUUCCCCCCCAACGUCAACAUGGUAGUCGAGCGCGGAAAAGCUCUCGAAGUCGAGAUUAAAGCCCUCGAUGCUAGAAUCCAAGAAGUACAAUCUGCCGGGAACGCUGCAGAUCUGGAGUCGCUUAAGAUGGAUCGCUCCGUAAAAUAUCAGCAGGCGAUGAGGAUCAAGGCUAUUCUGUAUCAAAUGGUGAAUAGGCCUGCGAUGGGCGGUUCAAAUCCAGGUGCAGGGGGUUCGGGAGAAACGCCUCAGUCUCAGUCUCAGUCUCAGUCUCAGUCUCAGUCUCAGCCUCAACUGGCGACCAGCAACGUGAAGUCGGAAGGUGCAGUACCGCUAACGGUGUCUGCUCCCGUAUCUGCGCCUAUGGAGGAGCAGAAGCCACCGGUCACAGAUCAGAAGCCUCAGCUAACUGAUCAGCAGGCACUAAUGCACUUCAUGCAGCAGGCGCGUUUGGGAACAACAGGAUUCCAGAAUCCAGAGGUCGCGGCGCAAAUGCACAAGUUGCUCAACAAGACUGGCAUCCAAGGACCAACCUUUUCCGGUUCACCUAAGCCCCGACCAGCCCAUCCGGCUGCCUCCGGAUCUACAUCUCACCAUCAGUCUCAGCCCCAGCCCCAGUCCCAGCCCCAGGUCUCAACCUCGGCAAUCUCAGGAGGGCCAAAGCAAUGGGAGGGCUCUUUCACCUUCACUAUACAGCAUGCUGGACAGUCAAAGGGGUUCGAAGUGCAGGUGGCCGGCCUUAUGAAUUCUAAGGGUCAACUCCACACGGAAACAUGGCCCGAGAGGAUGUUCAUUAAUAUACCAAAAGAAGGACUGAAGGAUCCCUCGGAAUUAAAGCUGUGGCUUCAGAAACACCACCAAUCUUCUGUGAUGGUCCAUUUCAAGCCUCAAGCACGGAAUAUUGAACAGAAAAUGAAUGACAUGGUUCAUAAUGUGUUAAUGAAGACCUUGAUGGAAGCACGAACAGCGAGUUUUGGCAUAGUGGCGUGGCAACUUCCUUCUGGGAUUAUGUCACAGAAUAUGAUCGUGUUCCCGAUGAGUAACAAGCUAGUAGGCGCAGCGUUCCCUGUUACGGGACUUCCGGAUCUGCCAGGCUCUAGCAAAGUUGACGUUCCAAAACCGCAACCGCAACCGCAGCCGCAACUGCAACAACAAUCACAACCACAACUGCAACUACCCCUACAACAACUACAACAACCGCAACCACGAUUACAACCCCCAGGUGGCUUCACCCCUGAGAUGAUGACGCGACUUCAGGGCCUUGACCCGCAGCAGCAAAGGCACCUCAUGCAACAACUCGUACUCCAGCAGCAGAUCCGGCAGCAGCAACGACAACUGCAGCAGCACCAACAACUACAGGCGGGGGCAAUGCAGCAGGAGGUACAAGCACCAGUACCAGGUGUGGGAAUGCAAAAUAUGAGUCCAUUUUCGAAUGGAGCGAAUAUGUCAAUGAAUAUGUUUGGCGGUGGCGGGGUACCGCAGAGGCAAAUCAGUGGGGGCAUGCAUCUUGGCGGCGUGGCGUCCACAGUGAAUAGCGAGAUGAUGCAGUCGUUUAUGCAACGGAAUGCGAAUGGACAAGGAAUGAACCCCUCGUGA